UAGCUACGAGAUUCUUACGUUGAUAACUUCCUAAACUGACAGUGCCUUUAAAAUUACCUACGCUUGCAGUAUCCUAACAGUGACAAAAGAAGACACUGCACUGAUAACCAAAGUAACAAAAAGAUUCUUACGUUGAUAACUUCCUAAACUGACAGUGCUUUUAAAAUUACCUACGCUUGCAGCAUCCUAACAGUGACAAAAGAAGACACUGCACUUAUAACCAAAAGUAACUACGAGUGUUGCAGUGAUAAUAAGUACAUAAGAACAGGAGUGAAAGAGAUCUAAACUAACAAUGCUGAAAUAGUUACCUACAGACAUUAACUUAACAGUGACAACGGUAAAGAGUAACUAAACAAAUCGCAGUGAAUUAUAAUUAUACGACUUUCAGCAAUAUUAAAACGAAGGAGUAACUGUGAUAAAACCAGCCGUGUAGUGCAAAAGAAAACAUAUUAAAGAAAGUCUAAUCAUAGAGUGCAGUGACCGAAUUUUACCCACACAUAAGAACAAAAAAACACCAUCUUUGUGUGUGUGUGUGUGUGUGUGUGUGUUACUGAAAAAAAGAAAGCUGUGUGUGCGUGUGUGUGUAUGUGUCUUAAGCUAACUGUAUCUACGUGAUAAGGGGGAAUAACACACACACACACACACACACACACCAUGUCAGCCAAUCUCCUACAAGCCUUCCCCGCCCAAGUACUCGUGGGUUCCCUUCUGCCACUUCUACGAGCUGUCUUACAAACUGUGGUGGACGAGGCCUCUACCGCAUACGAGAGGCCCAAGGAUUUUUUCAGCCAGUAUGACUUUAUAGUGGUCGGGGCCGGUUCAGCGGGCAGCGUGGUGGCCGGGCGGCUCGCUGAGGUGCCUUGGUGGCGUGUGUUACUACUGGAGGCAGGGGGACCACCACCGCCUGAGAGCUACGUGCCGGGCCUGGCGCCUCUCGCCUCUGUGCCAGGCAACAACAACUGGAACUAUGUCACGACGCCCCAACACAACCGUCUCGGCAGCUUCGUGCAGCAGCGUGCCACCCUUCCCCUGGCGCGGGUGGUGGGCGGGGGCUCUUCCAUGGGCGGCAUGGUGUACACGAGAGGCGAUCAGCGGGACUACGACCACUGGGCUGACCUCGGCAACCCUGGCUGGGACUACGGCAGUGUUCUCUACUACUUCAGGAAGGCCGAGGACUACCUGGGAGGCCACCUCGGCAAAACUGAGCCUUACCACGGGAGGGGCGGACCACUGGCAGUAAGUCCAGACCCUGGCGAGGGGCCCCUGUCGGUAGCCUUCCUCAGGGCCGGGGAGGAGUUGGGCUACAGUGCUGUGGACCCCAACGGACCACAACAAGAAGGGUUCGCACGGCCCCACUACAACAUCAGGGGUGGGAUGAGGUCCUCCACCGCUGGGGCGUACCUCAAGCCCGCCCUGGCCUGGUCUAACCUCCACAUCCUCCACAGCGCUCCUGUCGCCAAGAUUCUCUUCGAGGGCAACAGAGCCAUCGGUGUGCUGUUCGAGUACGAGGGGCAGACUUUCCACGUGACAGCUGAGCGAGAGGUGGUGCUCAGUGCCGGGGCCGUGGCUAGCCCCAAACUACUGCUGCUGUCUGGUGUGGGGCCUAAGGAACACUUAAAGCAGCAUCAAGUAGAACUUGUGGCUGACCUUCCAGGAGUCGGACAGAACCUCCAGGACCAUGUGGGUGUGUAUGGGCUGGUGUGGACCCUUCCCGGCAGCCCCCCGCCCCUCGGACCUUUGUUCAACACCACGGCGAUGCACCAGUACGUUCGCCAUAGAGAGGGUUCGUUCUCGGCCCCCCCGGAGGACUGUGCCAUCGCGAGGGUGAAGGCGGGGGUGGACGGGGAUGAUGACCACCCUGAUAUUGGCCUCUUCCUCGCCCCGGUCUCCUUCGACACGGACAAAGGGCUCCUCACACCUUCCCCGUACGGCAUGGACAAGACUGCCUACCAAGAGUACUACAGCCGUCUUGCGGGCAGAGCCGGGUUCACGUUGCUCAUAUCUCUCCUGCGGCCGAAAAGUAUCGGUUCCGUGACCCUGCAGUCCAGCGACCCUGAUGUGCCGCCCCUAAUUGACCCUAAAUACCUAGCCCAGGAGGAUGACCUAGAGAUGCUGAUCAAAGGCAUACAGUUUGCUAUUAAGAUGGGCCACACGACAGCACUCAGAAGACUCGGGGCUCAGUUUCAUAACCAGCCUCUUCCGGGAUGUUUCAAGGAGGCCGAGGCAGGGGACGAGGAUGGCUACUGGAGGUGCUACAUCCGGCACAUGGCAUCAUCCUUCUGGCACCCUGUUGGCACUUGCAAGAUGGGGCCCUCAAGUGACCCUCUCGCUGUGGUGGAUGACAGACUAAGGGUGCGCGAGGUGGAGGCGCUGCGAGUGGUCGACGCCUCGGUCAUGCCAGCAAUAGUGUCGGGGGGAACAGCCGCUGCCACCAUCAUGAUCGCUGAGAGGGCAGCGGACUUGAUCAAGGCGGACUGGGACAUUGAUGUGGACUUGGCCUGAGUUUUUUUUUAUGGAGAUUGAUGAAGGGUUAAAUAAUAUGGAAUGCUUAAUAAGACUGUCUGUGAAGGGAUUGCACAAGCUUUAUCAAGGCAGACUGUGACAUUGAUGUGGAUUUGGCCUGAGUUUUUUUUUUUAUGGAGAUUGAUGAAGGGUUAUAAUUUGGAAUGCUUAAUAAGACUGUCUCUGAAGGGAUUGCACAAGCUUUAUCAAGGCAGACUGUGACCGAAGUGGAUUUGGCCUGAGUUUGUUGUUCAUGGCAAAGGAGAUUGAUGAAUGGUUAAAUAAUAUGGAAUGAAAAAUAAGUCUGUCUGUGAAGGGACUGCACAAGCUUUAUCAAAUGUGUAAGUCCAGAAAUGGUUGAGAGAUGCAAGAGAUUGUCCACCAUAUCAAACAGAGAAAUGGACACCAGACUUGGGUAGAGGACCUGAUAUGUUGCUUAGUUCUCUGUCUGUCUGUCUGCCGGUCUGUCUUGAGAAAUGGACACCAGACUUGGGUAGAGGAACUGAUAUGUCUUUUAGUUCUCUGUCUGUCUGUCUGCCUGUCUGUCUUGUGAAAUGGACACCAGACUUGGGUAGAGGAACCGAUAUAUCUCUUAGUUCUCUGUCUGUCUGUCUGUCUUGUGGGUCGUGAGGAAAGCACUAAGGAGAUACUAGAUAAAAAUGUCUGCAAUGGCACUAAACUAUGAAGGUACUAAACUACAAUGUCUGCAAAUCUUAGGUUGUCGGGACUCUAUCUAUCAAGGGGCUCUACAGAUCACGACCCAGAAGCGGGUUACGCUAAAUGGAAGAGGCUGUAAUUUGAGAGCUGUACGGUUGCUUUCCUGUUGACGAGGUUAAGUCAUAGGAAGGAGAUGUACGAAGCAGUCUUACUCAUUUUUUCAUCUCCCUUUCCAUCUUCUUGUUCUUCUUGUUGCUCAUCUUCUUCCUCUUCUUUCACUCAUGUAUCUCUUCUUCUUUUUCUUCUUCCUUUUCUACUUCUUCUCUCUUCUUCUUCUCUCUCUACUUCUUCUUCCUCUCCUUCUCUCUCUUCGUCUUUUCUUCUUGUCCCUCUUCUUCUUCCUCUUCUACUUCUCUCUUCUUCUUCUUCUUCUCUCUCAACUUCUUCUCUCUUCUACUUCUUCCUCUUCCUCUCCUUCUCUCUCUUCGUCUUUUCUUCUUGUCCCUCUUCUUCUUCCUCUCUCUACUUCUUCUUCUUCCUCUUCUACUCGCCUUAGUUCCAAAGUCCACCAUUACGAGGGAUGAAAGAACAAGGAUACUGGCUAACUCUUGCAUUAUGGAGUUGACCGAAUGUUUCUGUGAAUACAUACUACUAGUCACAA